AUGGCUAUGCAGCCGGUUUCCCUUAGGCUCCGGACCGGUACUGUGCCCGGUUCCCGGUCGAACCGGUCCGAACGAACUUCCAAACUCACUACAACAAACACAAGCAUGCAUCAAAUUAUGGUUUCUAGAUUGGUUGUGAUUCUAUCUCUUUGGUCAUUGGCCUCAGCAUCUCUGCAUAUUGGUUUCUACAGCUCCACAUGUCCAUCUGCUGAAGAAAUAGUGAGAAACACAGUAAACAAAGCCGUUUCUCUCAACCCAGGCAUAGCUGCUGGUUUGAUUCGAUUGCAUUUUCAUGAUUGCUUUGUGAGGGGUUGUGAUGGUUCUGUGUUGCUAGAAUCCACUCCCGACAACCCAAGUGUUGAGAGAGACCACCCCGCCAACUACCCAAGCUUACGUGGCUUUGAGGUGAUUGAGGAGGCCAAGACCCAAUUAGAGGCAACAUGUCCUCAAACAGUGUCAUGUGCUGACAUUCUUGCCUUCGCAGCUCGAGACAGCGCUCUCAAAGUCGGUGGCAUUAAGUACGAUGUGCCAUCAGGACGAAGAGACGGUCGCAUCUCCAUUAGAGAUGAAGUGCCACAAAAUCUACCAUCUCCAGACUCCAACGCUGAUGAACUAGUUAGAAAUUUUUCACGAAAAGGUUUGUCACUAGACGAAAUGGUUACACUCUCAGGAGCACAUUCAAUCGGCGUGUCGCAUUGUUCCUCCUUCUCUAAGCGCCUCUACUCUUUCAACGAUACACAUCCUCAAGAUUCCUCCAUGGACCCUUCUUUCGCUGCAUAUUUGAAAGCUAAGUGUCCUCAACCACCGAGCAACACGGAUCCAAUGACGGACUUUGAUGCUAUUACUCCUAUUCGUUUGGAUAACAAGUACUAUAAGGGAGUCAUCAACCAUCGUGUCUUGUUGACCUCUGAUCAAACGUUGUUGAGCAGUCAAUCAACAAGGGAAAUGGUUGUGAGCAAUGCCAAUUACGGUGAUAGUUGGGCGAUGAAGUUUGGCGAGACAAUGGUGCACAUGGGUUUCAUUGAUGUGCUAACUGGCUCUGAUGGAGAGAUCAGGAAGCAUUGCACCUUUGUUAAUUAAGCGUGGUUUCAGGGCUCGGGCUAUUAUCACGGAAGAUCUCUUGCAAAAUAAAACUUCCAUCUCUGAAUUCUGUAAUAAUUGUUUGGUUUUGUUUGAAUAACUUUUUGCUUGUCUAUAUCAAAAAUUUGUGAUUGCCUCUUGUGUGCAUUCUUUUGGAUUGAGAUUGAAAGUUAGUGGCCGAUUGAAAUGUAAACCCUUUUAUUCCUUUUACUGUGUCUUAUGUGUUCUGUUUGAAUUAUUUUGGAUUUUUUUUUC